AACUUAGCAACGCGUCUCUCAUCUGUCACUUUCAGUGCAAAAGAUGGAAUUUCGCGUAUGCAGAAAGCUGAAGCAACCCAUGACAGUUUAGCAGAAUCUGCAUGUGUUUCGGGGUUGCAAUCAGAGAGAUUGUCAGUUAGUUGUACUCCUGUUAUCCUCGAGUUUCGGCGGUUGUUUCAAAGCGCCAAGUUCAAGUCGGUCAACUUGAUUCCAGGGGUUCCAAACUGGGAGUUACUCCAUGCUGUUAUAGCUUUAUAUGAUGUGUGCCUGCCUGACAUUACACCAGAAGUAUUGUACUUUACUGUGUGCGGCAAAUGGGCCAAAACAUUGCUACUUAUCAGAGAUACCCAAGAUGUUGCAGCUGACCUCAAUUCAAAGAGCAGUGGUAAAAGCGGAAGCUGCGUGUCCAGUGAUGCAGGGAUCUCUGUGAGUCCUACCAAUGGCAGCCAUGUGACCUCUGACCUAGUGGUGACUGAUCUUGAACAAGGUCAAGGGUCAACCAAUCACAAUGACCCUGUCAAUGAAAAUGAACAGGGCAUUGUGAGGAAUGGAGAAGAAAAGGCUGGAGGGGAGUCUAGUUACCCAACAGAAGCUGGAGACAGCAAAGAGAAGAAAGGAAUAUUUGCUGACGUCUUCAGCGACACGGAAAGUGAAGAGGAUACAGAGAGUGAUGAAGAUGAUGAGGAUUUUACGGAAGGACAAGAAGCUUUCUUGAGACUAGUCAGAGAGAGGAGAGAGAGGAGACAGUUAGCCUUAUCUCAAGGCCGUGAUCCAUCCCCGCACAUUGGCAUCGAGUCUAGGCUCAUUGCCUGCGCCACUUGGGAAAAGUCUACUAUUCGUCCAGGAGAGAGGAACGUACAGAUAGACCUGCUGGCCGUUAGGAAGAGGUUCAGGAAACUGGGAAUUGGAAAAUAUCUCUUGCAGACUCUGAAGGAUGUGUCGGUGCUGGGCCUCUACGAUGCCCUGGUCGUCUAUGCCGAUAAUUCAGCUGUGGAUUUCUUCGGCCGUCACGGCUUCGAUGAUGAUAUUGUUCUCAAUAGCAAGUUCUCUGAUCUGGCCGAUAACUGGACCAACUGCACCCUCAUGUGCUACCUACCCCCAUUCUCAGGCCAGACCAUAAUGACUGAAUCGGACGCCGGACUGGACCUUAAACUGAUGGAGCUAGAACUCCAGAAGUGGUCCCUCAAGAGUCGAGAGGCCCACCAAGCUCAGAUGGCUUGUGCUAUGAAACUCAAACAUGAGGUCAUCUCACUUAGAGCGCUGGUCAGUUCUCAGCAGGAACUUAUCCGGUCACUCACUCGCGAGUUGGAGCAACUCGGCGCUGACAAGUUUCACAUGGAAAAGGAUUUUCUUCAACAGCAACUGUCUGAUUUAACCGUUAACAUUGGUGCAAAGGCUCGCAAUCAUACUGACCCUGGCGAUGAUACAGAGGAAGUUGAUACCAAUAAGUUGAUACAGGAUUUGGAGCGAAGGAUAACUACAUUUGGCGUUGCUGAAACGGAAUCACCCGCUCCUGAUGGCUGUAUCAACUGGCAGAUUGCAGAGGAGUUCAGAUUGAGCAUGGAUGACUCAGUCAUGGCCGGCAUGUGUGUCGUUACUAAAACAGUCAAGGCCAACGUUUCAAGCUCUGCGACCGAGAUGUUCAACACCAGAUGUCGGCAUUUACGAGACCCGUCUCUCCACACCAAGAUGUACCUGUGUGGCACCUUACAGCAUCCUGAGAGGAUACCACGGAUUCUAUCAGACGGCUUCACUGAGCAAGAUUUCAGUCAUGGAGAAUUUGGCGUCGGUCUCUACUUCAGUCAACACGCUUCCAAAGCAGCUCACUUCUCAGCGCUUGGGAAGCUUCUACUAGUUGAGGUCGGUCUGGGCAAGACAGAUUCGGUAGUCAAGCCAGACAACACUAGAGUAGCUCCCCCAGACGGAUUUGACACAGUUGUGACACCUGGGAGGUUGUCCUUACUGAGUGGAGGCGAUGGGAUGAUCAGUGGAUGCCAGGAGUAUGUCAUCUUUGAUCCGUGUCAAGCGCUGCCUCUCUACCUCAUAGAAUACAGGCUAGAGUGACAUCACAAGAUGAGGGUCAUUGGAGGUUGUCCUUACUGAGUGGAGGCGAUGGGAUGAUCAGUGGAUGCCAGGAGUAUGUCAUCUUUGAUCCGUGUCAAGCGCUGCCUCUCUACCUCAUAGAAUACAGGCUAGAGUGACAUCACAAGAUGAGGGUAAUCGGAGGCUGUCUUCACUGAGUGGAGGCAAUUGGAUGAUCAGUGGAUGCCAGGAGCAUGUCAUCUUUGAUCAGUGUCAAGCGCUGCCUCUCUACCUCAUAGAAUACAGACUAGAGUGACAUCACAAGAUGAGGAUUAUGGGAGGCUGUCCUUACUGAGUGGAGGCGAUCGGAUGAUCAGUGGAUGCCAGGUGUAUGUCAUCUUUGAUCCGUGCCAAGUGCUGCCUCUCUACCUCAUAGAACACCAUCUAUAGUAGCAUGACAAGAUGAGAGUUUGAUAUCGAACCUCAAGGUAUGAACAAUAAGCUGAUGAUGAAAGAGUUUAUUAGCAGAGGCUAAUUCCCUGGAGCUCUCAAGCAUUAAGCUCUGUUAAGCACAAACAAAAAUUGCUUGGCAAAAACAGGUUACCAACCAUACUGUCAUACAACGUAAACCACUUUUAACUGGUUCCCAGCAGGUUUUUGUCACUGAUCUCACUAUACUGACUGUAUAGCAUAUACCCAUCACACUGUACAUUAAGUUAUACCGCUUUUUGACCAGUUCACCCCAGUCUUCCAAAAAUGGCCGCCGAAUUACGAAUAUCUACAUGUACAUAUAGUGCGCUGUGUCAAGAUUUGACCCGCAUUUUGUUCACGUACACAUUAUGAUGUUCUAAAAAGGACAAGUUUUCGUUGUGGUUAUAUUUCCAAAUGUCACAAAAAGUGAACUGCAGCAUUUAAAAAAGUGAACCGUGACGUUUUGGAAAACUGUGAAGCGUGGCGGACAAAAGGUGCCCACGAUGUUGCAAAAGUGAAUCACAACCUUUGAGAACAGAUCUAAGACGGCAAGUUGUCCUUUAUAGAACACCGAAUGGUCUCCGCAAUGUGGCUUCGAAUGACUUCCUUCUGCAGUUCUCUGCACGCUAUCCAGUCAGUAUAUAGAGAUCAGCAUUUUUCUGCUCAGUAGAUUGGCUAAGUUCCUCUGCUGAGGAGCUCUUUGACAUUGGCCCCUGGUUGAUGAGAAGAUUGUCUCUGAAAAGUGCCCCCUCAAUCUUCAAAAAGAUUUUUUUGACACAAUUGGAGGAUUCUAUUUGUGUUUUGUACCAAAAUGGCACCCUCUUAUUGUGUCCAAACAUUGAUGUGAUAAUGAACCGGAGUUUGUGUGCUUUUUACUUCCUGCCUCCUUCAUUACAAAGUCUUAAGAAGUAAUCACACAAUGGAAAUAAUAUCCUGAUGUGACAGAUGCACCUCAGCUUCGCCUCAUGGGAUGGACAUUCAUCUGUCACCGAUCGAUAUUAUUCUUUCCAUUGCACAAAUGUGGAACAUUCUUUGUUUUAUGCAACACCUGAAUAAAUCCUCGUCAUCUGAUUGGUCAGAGCCACCAAUCGUGUGACUGUGGAAUAGAACUUCUAUGUACCGUGGGAUAGAGCUUCUAUUGUUGCUGUGCCGCCGGGCCGUGCUUGGGACAAGUAAUUCAAUGACAUGUGAUCAAUGACCCGCCAUGACGGGGAUUUAUUCACGUAUUGUAAUGUUUAAUAAGAAUAUGACAUUUUUUUUAAAUACAAGUCGAUAACCCCACUAAGCCUCUUCAGUGGUCUUUGUGUGCAGUGUCCCUAACCUCCCCACUCCAUCAAAAUCCAUUCCCCCAUUUGGGGGAUUUUGGUGGGCAACACAUCUGUACCAAGUCCAUCAAAAUCCACCUAUAGUAGUGGUGGUCUUGUGGUGGAUUUCAGCGGAUUUGGUCCUGAAGCAUUAUGUGAAGCAGGGUCAGUGAUGGAUUUUGGUGGACUUGGUCUAGUAAUCAGUAAAAGACACUAAGGAGUGGGGGUUUUAAGCAAGGUAAUUCAGCAAAUAAUGUGCAUUGUAAAAGUUUUUUUUUUUUUCAAAGUCAUAAUUUCUUUUGACAAAGUUGGAUUUUUAUAUGCCUGUACCUAUUGUUGAUAUUGUGUUUUAUGCACAUAUAUUUAAAUUAUUCAUAAAUGUAUAUUUUUGUGUAUAUACUGUGAAUCACAUUCCGUCCAGCAACGCCUACUGCCAUUCAUUACUCCAUCCUUUUCCUAUAUUUCCAUCUCAAAUCCAUUGAGAGUUGAUUUACUGCCUUGGUCCUUCGGGCUUGUGAUGUAAAUUGGUUGGUAAUGAAAUUCGCAGGGCGUAAAAUUAGGGGGGAAAAUAAAAUACUGAUAUGUAGAAUUCCAUGGGGAGUUGUGCAUGACAGCACGGCAAAAAUACUGAUUUGGUUAGGCAGUCGGUGAAUUAUGCUCAUUUAAAAUGCCUCAGCGGUUCUGCUUAUUUCAUUUAUUUUGCAGUAUUUUUUAUAAAAAAAAAAAUGGCCAAAGAUUGAUGAGCUGGGAUUAUUCCGUGAUAGGUGGACUCAAAAUAUACGUAAUGAUGCUAAAUAUUUGUACUAUUUGUAAUAUAAGAGCCGUCCAAUAAUAUCUUAUUGAUAACAGAAAACAUAAUAUAGGCCUACUUGUGUGUGAUGUCAAACCAUUGUAAAAAUAAAUUUUCAAACAUUUGUUUAAAAAAA